AUGUCAUCUCUCAGGCCUUCUCCUCCUCACUCUCCCAUUCCUGCACCUGCACCAGCACCAGCACCUCAGCACAACGGAGAGCCCCGGCCGUUGCCCUUCUUUGUGGCACCUGGAAAGUACGAUGUCAUUUGUGCUCGCGGGAGCACCGCUGCCAACCACGUGGGAAAUCUGAGGUUCAGAGAGAUCAUCCGUCAGAGCUUGCCUCAGUACAAUGCUGCCAAGACGAAGCUCGAAAAGAGUUUGAUCGUUACCUCUAUUGUGGACUCCGUCAGAGACUACUCACCCGACGGAGGCUUCGUCAAACAGGACAGCAAUGGCGAAUGGUACGAUGUCGGAGAUGCCCUGGCCCGGGAAAAGAUUGGACAAAGCAUUCGAGAUCAGGCCAAGUCACUUACCGUUUGUGUCUUUCUUCUCUCCCCUGACCUAGUUGUUUUCCAAGUACAAGUCCAGCACCAAAGCCAAGAAGCAGCGCCGCAAGGAAGUCGAGAGAAAGCAACAGACUACCGCCAUGAAAAGAGGGUGGUUCAAGCAUUCGACGAUGCACGCGGAGAUGCCUCCACCGAAACAGGCCGAAGUACCUCCGCAGAUGGUCAAAUGCAGAUCGUCACUCCUCCCACUCCACCAAGAACUCUGACGGGCUCCGUUCUCCCAGGAGGCGAGGAUUCGUUGGCCUUUCUCAUGCUCGAGCCAAUAGCCGACACAAACUUUGCAGAGCAAGGGGGCAUCAGUGUCUAG